UCUUCACUAUGAUCCCUAAUCAUUUUAUACUCUACCGAAUAUGGAAACCGAAACCCAAAUCAAAGGCCCAGAUUCGCCGACCGCCACAGACACCUCCGAUCAUGAUCAUCUCCUCCGCGCCGAGCUCGAGUCCCUCCGCCACUCUCACCGGAGCCUCCAGCAGAAGACGGCGGCGAUGGAGGAACGCCACAGCCGAAUCCAGACAGAAAGAGACGACGCGGCGGCGAGAAACUCCGAGUUGACCAGAGCCGUCGGAGAAGCCUCCGGCGAGAGGGACGCGCUCCGGGAGGAGGUGAAGAAGCUGGAGGCGGACUCGAGGGAGAGGGAAGACGAGUGGGCGAUGAAGAUCGACGAGGAGGUGAGGAGGAAGAAGAGUCUGGAAGAUGAGGUGAGGUUGUGUAGAGAGAGAAUCGAGAAGUUGGAGAUGGAGGAGAGAGAAAGAGAUGAGCUUCUGAUGAAGUGUAGCGAUUCGAUUGGGCCGAUCAGGGAGGAGCUGGUUGGCAUUAUUGAAGGAUUGUGUGACGAACAGUGUAGAAUAGAAUCCGAGGCCGAGUCCGAAUCAGGCCUAGGAUCAGAGGAAGAAGGAGGAGUUUGGGGGGAGAUAAUGGGAAUUAAGAAGCUAGUGGAGGCGGCCGGAGCGAGAGUGGAGGAGUACAAGGAGAUAAGGCAUAAUGAGAGGAGGCAGUUAGGGAACAGUGUGGUGAGUUUGACGGAGGAGAAUAGGGAUAUUAGUGCAUUGUUGAGGAUAGCUUUGGUGGAGAAGGAGGCAGUGGAGAAGAGGCUGAAGGGCGGCGAGACGAAGAGGGUGGCGAUUUUGCAGAGAGUUGGGUUAGGGGGUUUCGGGUUUUUGAUGGGGAGUGGUGGCAGUGAGCAGGGAUUGGAGGGUAAGGUGGUGGAGGGGAUGGGGUCUGGGGCGAGUAGCAAGUCGGAUAGUAGUGAGUGUGAGGAGGAGGUUGUUAGUCUGGCAUCUACUGUGGAGAAGAUCAUGAAAAACCUACGCCUGGAGAUCACUCAAUUGAGAAGAUCUUUGGAAGAAUCUAGGUCAGACACUGAGCGCCUACAGACUCUCACAGAGAAACAAACUCAACAAAUUGCGGAAAACAUGUUGUACAUCAAGGAGUUAGAAGACAGAGAGAGGGUGUUAACCGAAAAUGUUGAGGCACACAUGAGUGAAAUGAAGGAUGCUGAAGCAGAGGUUGCCAGGUGGAGAGAAGCUUGUGAGUUGGAAGUUGAAGCUGGGAAAAAUGAGAUUGAAGAACGCGAAAAAUUGAUUGCCAUACUGAAGAAAGAAUUGGAGAAAACAAGGGCUGCUUUGGACAUAUCAAAUGGCAAAUUAAAGCUGAAAGAAGAACUUGCAGCUAAUGCCAUGGCUGCUCAUGCAGCAGCAGAGAAGUCCCUCCAGCUGGCUGACAGUAGGGCUGCAGGACUCCGUAACCGUAUAGAGGAACUAUCAAGACAGCUAGAAGAAGCAGAAAGCAGAGAGCGCCAUAGUCGAAGGGUUAGACAUAUAUGUUGGCCAUGGCGAGCCCUCAAAGUUAACCCAGCGAACAAUUCACAUGUACGACGAUUGCUACCAGAAAUGCAGGCAAUGCUUAAUUAUAAUGGGUGAUGCGUCGGGUUGUCUCCUCUGUUGUAUUAUAUGAUAAUGCACUUGCCGUCUGUCUCCUUUGUUGUAAUAUCAAUGGGUGAUGAGUCAGUAAAAAAUUUGAUUACUUUCAUGAACGCUAGGGUUGGAAAUGAGACUCGAUGCUGUCUGAUACAAUAUCA